CCGAGAAUCAAUGCAACAACACUUCACACCAUCCUUCUUCUUUCCCGGUUCUCGCUAUUUAGUUGCAGAGAAGAAGCUGGUCGGGAGAUUUCAUAUUGUUGCGCGCUACAAUUCUCCCGAUACGAACAGCAUGAGGCAGAGUUCCACCCCCGACCUGCCAGCCCAUGCAUGAAUAUCUGCGAGCCUCGAAUAGGAGCCAUGUCCAAGGCAUGCUAAGGUCUCGGAGAUCCCUCGUCCUCAUCUGCCUACUUGCGACCAUCGCAUUCACCACAUUCCUCCUACGACGCCCGCAGGUCAUCCUUGAAGAGUCGGCGGCCUUUUCGCUCCUCCACGGCCACCAUGCGCACGAAGAGAACCAGCCACUGCUCCCGGCGACGUCACUCCUCCAUCCGGUCCACCAGCUCGUAGCGCGGGCAGAGGGGGAUUUCCAGACCGUGCGAGCACGUCAGUCGCGGUCCCUCAGCGACGCCGUGGCAGAAUACCGCAGGCGGUACAAGCUGCCACCUCCACCGCACUUUGACAAGUGGUACGAUUUCGCGAAGAAGAGGGGGGUCGAGUUGAUAGACGAAUAUGACACGAUAUACCACCAGCUGUUGCCCUUUUGGGCGCUGGAACCUCACGUCAUCCGGGAACGAACGAGGGAGGCGAUCGGGUUCGACAAUGCGCUCAUCGCCGUCAUGAUCCGGAACGGCCAGGUCACAAAGAUCGAAGGAGGAGGUGACAUGUACGCAUGGCACCGCGAAGCCACGCCCAUCAUGCUCAAGGAGUUCAUCAAAUGGCUCCCGGACAUGGACCUGCCGUUCAACAUCCACGACGAGCCCCGUGUGGUCAUGCAGCAUGACGACCUCCUCCACCAUGUCCAGGUCGCCAAAGACCAAAACAUGCCCAAAGCCUACACGGCGCAGACACUCUCAAACUCGUGGUCGCCCCGACCCGGCGACCUAGGCGAAGGCGUUCGCAUCAAAGAGUACAAGACGACGCGCUUCAAUCGUUUUGCCCACCAACCUACCUGGAGCGACUCUCGCCUGUCGUGUUCGCCAGACAGCCCAGCUCGCGUCUGCUUGAACGACUCCUGUCCGGACAACACAACCGCCUACUCGGGUGUCCCACUCGGCUUCAUCAGCAACACCACCGCGUUCAGCGACAUUUGCAACUCGCCGUCCAUGGAACGGACGUUUGGCUUUUUCGAUCGACCCAACGCCUUCGACGUGACGCACGAGCUGUUUCCCAUCUUCUCCCAGUCCAAGAUCUCCAGCUUCCAAGACAUCCUGUACCCUUCGCCGUGGUACUACAUGGGCCGCGUCACCUACGAGAAGGAUCGCGAUAUGCCGUGGGAGGAGAAAAAGGCCACCAUGUACUGGCGCGGCAGCACGACGGGCGGGUUUUCUCGCGACGGUGGCUGGCGGCGCCAACAUCGCCAACGGUUCCUCACAAAGAUCCAACCCUUGAACAAGGCCAAGAUCCUCGAACUCGACAACUCGUCCGCCACCGAGACGGUGUGGCGUGAAAAAGAGAUCAGCGCCGCGGACGUGGCGCAAUAUUUCGACGUCAAGUUCACCUACAUUGGCCAAUGCGACCCUGGCGACUGUGACGCCCAGCGCGAGUAUUUCGGCACCGUCGAGCCGGUCAAUAUGUUUGACGCCCUGGCGUCCAAGUACCUUUUGGACAUUGACGGCAAUGCAUUCUCGGGGAGGUACUAUGCUUGGCUGUUGAGCAAGAGUCUGGUCUACAAGCUCGCCGUGUUCCGAGAGUGGCACGACGAGUGGCUCAGGCCGUGGGUGCAUUACGUCCCUCUCGGUUUGGCCGGUGACGAGUACGCCGAGAGCGUGCGCUACUUUGAUCAAGAGGUCAUCGGACGCGUCGAGGGCAAGAGGAUCGCAGAGGGAGGUCGAGACUGGGCCCAAAAGGUUUUGAGGAAUGAUGACUUGGAGGUUUGGUAUUUCAGGCUUUUGCUCGAAUAUGGUCGAUUGAUCGAUGACAAUAGAUACAACAUUGGCUUUUCCCUGUGAUGGACACGACAGAAGGGGACCUUUUUUUUCCCGGUACAUAGCAUGAGGCGUCUUUCGUUGUCGGGGACUACCACUGUGUUACAAAAGACAUUCCUGAAUCUUGU